CCGACAAUCCUUCGUAUAAAAUAUAUUUCCAGCCCAUUUAAAACUCAAAUCUGAAAAUCGGAUAAUUUUAUGAAUCAUAAGCAUAAUAGUUUCCUAAUUUACCUCUUCACUGCAUCAUCGUUCUUAUGGAGCAUCUAAAGCCUAUGGAGCCGACCAGAAUCCACUCAAAUGGCGAUUCUCUGUUUCAGGACAUUACCUUUGCUCCGGAUAUUCCAGUCUACGCGACAACAGCUGCUUACAACAAGGACCCCUGCCCCAAUAAGCUGCAUUUGGGUAUUGGUGUUUAUCGAACAGAGGAGGGAAAAUGCCAUACAUUAAAUGUUGUUAAACAAGUGGAGCAGGCACUAGCUAAUGAUCUGUCUGCUGACAAGGAGUAUCUUCCUAUAACAGGAAUGCCGGAAUUUAAUAAAUUAAGUGCUAAGCUAAUGUUUGGCUCUGGCAGCCCUGCCAUCAAGGAAAGUAGAGUGGUUACUGUCCAAUGUGUUUCUGGUUGUCUAUCACUGAGGGUUGGAGCUGAAUUUUUAGCAAAACAUUACCACCAACAUGUGGUUUACCUUCCUGAGCCAACAUAUGGAAAUCAUCCAAAUCUGAUAUCUGCGGCAGGGUUAACUUUGAAGACUUACCGAUAUUAUGACCCCAAAACACUUGUGCUAGACUUUCAAGGCCUUUUGGAAGAUCUUGGGUCUGCCUUAACUGGAGCCAUUGUGCUUUUCCACGCUUGUGGCCAUAAUCCUACUGGUGUUGAUCCGACUUGUCAGCAGUGGGAACAGAUCAGGCAGUUAGUGCGACAGAGAGGCCUAUUGCCUUUUUUUGACUGUGCUUAUCAGGGUCUGGUAAGUGGAAAUCUUGAUGAUGACGCACAAUCCAUUCGCAUGUUUGGUUGUGAUGGCGGCGAAUGCUUUGUGGCUCAAUCAUAUUCAAAAAAUAUGGGACUCUAUGGGGAGCGCAUUGGUUCGCUUAGCAUUGUUUGCAAAACAGCUGAUGUGGCAAGGCGGGUUGAAAGCCAGCUCAAACUGAUCAUAAGACCCUUGUAUUCAAACCCGCCCAUUCAUGGUGCAGCCAUUGUUACUGCCAUUCUGAAGGAUAGGGAUUUGUACCAAAAAUGGACUAACGAAUUGAAGGCGAUGAGAGAUCGACUGGUCCAAGUACGCCGCCAACUCUAUGAUUCUUUAUGCAACAAAGGGACCCCAGGUGACUGGAGCCAUAUUAUCAAGCAGGUGGGAAUGUAUAGUUUCACCGGAUUGAACAAGGAUCAAGUUGACUUUCUGACUAGAGAAUACCAUAUCUACAUGUCAUCUGAUGGGAGGAUUAACAUUGGAGGCCUAAGUUCAAAGGCAGUUCCAUAUUUUGCAGAUGCAAUACACGAUGCAGUUAUAAGCUCUCUUCCAUCCAGUACUUUAGCCUAGACUUGUAUUUUUCACCCUUACCCUUUUGCUUUGGAUCAACUGGCUUUUUAUUUUUUCAUUGCAAAUUUGGGGAGGGGAUCGGUUACACUGGCUUUGAACCAUGACCAUUGAUGUCCAACUUACAAUUACUUUUCCAAUUCAUUUAUGACUAUGAUGGCCCUUAAGAAACAGAGUUUGAUACCAUA